UUAAAAGGCCGAAUGAUUACAACCAAAUAGGAGCAGGACAUCUCCAACUAGAUCCAGACCAAGAACUAGAAACAGGAAAAAACCUACUAACAAAAAUGCUGACAAGCAGCACCGAUCCCCUCUCCGCCAUGGGGGGGGGGGGGGGGGGGGGGAGGGGAGGCCGUCGUUCCUUAGAACAGAGGUAAGGGAAGGUGGUGGCUGAUUAGCCCAUCUCUGAGGACCCACCGACCCAUUGGCUAGCGAAGCUGCCAUGUGAGCAGCUCGAUUCGCUUCGCGGGAAAUCCAUUCUCAUUUGCAUUCCUCAAAACUUGUGGCCUUUCUUCUUAUCUGCUCCAAAAUCGGGUUCAUAGAGACAGCCAAAGAAACCCCAUGGAGGAGAGCAUUUGCUUCUGCUUCAGCAGCAGAUCCGCAAGAGGAGGAGGAGGCAGAACCGCAAAUGAACUCGUUGUUGGAGUUCUGAUUAUAACCCCCAAUCCUGCUCUGUAAGGAGGCUUCCACGCAGCAUCACAGUUGACUUUGGAGUAGCCUAGAGGGGGAGCACUCCAUUAGGGCCGUGGCUGAAGGGCCUGCUGUGGGUCAAGAGCUGUUGGGUUGUCAAUAAUCUCUGGUGGAGGAAUAGUCAUGACAGAUUGGAACUCUGUAGCCAAAUUGGUAGCCCCAGAAAUGGUCAGGAUGGGGGAUAGAGGUUUAUGUUGAUACACAUACAUACACCUAGCCUUCCAGAUUGCCCAGCACAAGAAACUCAUCCAAUUUCUUUUGCAGGAGAUUGGAUCUUUUGCCGGAAAAGUUAAAGUGAGUUGCCGGGGAUUGGAUCUUUUGCCGAUUAAGUGUAUUGUCGCCGAUCACGGUUGCCGGAUAUUGGCUCCGGUUGCCCAAAAGAAGAACCAAGUCCUCCAAGGUGUGAUGUUUUCUUGUUUUGCAGAAAACUCAUUUGAGCUUUUCCAAGGCUGGAACGAUUUCGACCGACUGAAGCUGCGAUUGAACUUGCGUUGAAGGUGUUCGGAGUUGGUGUAAUAGCCAUGGCCUAACAAUUGCAGUUUGUGAGCUUUAUUAUAAGUUGAGCUAAUUUUAAUCAAGCAUACCACUUCGUCUUUCAUAUCACAGACCAUCUCAUCUCUUUAUUUUCUGUCAUUUUCACUGUUUGGGUUCUAUAUUAUACUGAAAUGAAAUGGAUAGGCCAAAUUGUGCAUGAUUGCUUAGAGCUCCAGGAACGAUUCCAUCCACAUUCGUUUGUGAAACAUAGUUGAAAAGAUCAACCACUAGGCUUGGCUUUGUUAUGUGGCAUUCUCCAGCCCUCCCUCUUAUCCUCUGCUGUUGUCUGUUGUCGCCCUUUACAUUGCACAAAACCGAAUCGAGGGCCACUGAGUAUUCCCUUAUAAUUGGGAAAUACCUUGUCAAUAUGUUUGAACUAGUUCACAAACUACUUCAAUAGUUCCCUGUUUCAAGUCUAUCAUAGUUGACAUUGUGUCAGUUUCAUGCCAAACGAAACUACUGGACUAGAAGACAUAAUAGCCUCCUUCGUGGUAGAUAACAGCUGCAAUUGGACCCUGCAAUUAAUAUGAAGUACUGGAGUAGCUGAUAUUUAUAAGUUUCAAGUUCCUUUAUGUUCAACAAACUAUUGUGACCACACAGUGCCCGCUAACAACAGUGGUGUUUGGAAAACGAGAGUCGUCUCUAGUUAGAAGCAAGUGAGUUGAAUCAGUCUUCUUUUGGAAGAAUGCAAUGAAUCAAUCAACAAUGGUUCUCCAUCCCUUUGAGUCCUUCUUGAUCACAUAUUCUACAUCUUCCUAUCCUAUAAAUUAGGUUGUCAUGCCUAACAUGAAACUACCUAUUUCAAAACCCAACACCACCCAUAUUUAUCUCAGUCUCUUUAGUCCAAAGACGAAAUAAAAAAUGGGGGAAGUUUUGGUUAUGAACUUGGUUUUGAUAUACUCAUUAGUUUUAAAUUCCAUGUCAAUUUUCUGUUGUAGCUCCAUGCAAUUAAACCAUCCGAGACUCCAAGGGAAUGAGACAGAUAGGCUGGCACUGCUAGCAAUCAAAGCUCAAAUACAACACGAUCCCAACCGGGUCACAAGCUCAUGGAAUGUAACCCUUCACUUUUGCCUGUGGCAUGGCGUCACCUGCAGUCGACGACAUCGCCAAAGGGUGACAAAGCUGGAGUUGGGGUCUCUGGCGUUGGUGGGAUCCAUAUCUCCACAUAUUGGAAAUCUAAGCUUCUUAAGAGUGCUAAGUCUCGAGAACAAUAGCUUCACUCAUCAAAUCCCUCCUCAAAUUGGGCAUUUGCAUAGAUUGCAGGUAUUGCUUCUAAACAAUAACUCAUUUACUGGCACCAUUCCUGUCGAUAUACCCAAUUGCUUUGAACUCAUCAGUCUCUUUCUUAAUAGAAACAAUCUAGUGGGUAAAAUUCCUCUCAAACUGAGUUCCUUGUCAAAGCUUCGUUAUUUUGAUUUGGAAGUUAACAACUUAACAGGAGAGAUCCCUCCUUCGUUGGGGAACCUUUCAUCUCUAGAGAAAUUUGGUUUAGGUUUUAAUUACUUGGAAGGAAGCAUCCCUAGUUCUCUAUGCCAGUUGAAAAAAUUAACAGUAUUCUCUUUGGGCAUAAAUAGGUUGUCUGGUAUCAUCCCUUCCUGCAUUUAUAACCUCUCUGGUAUAGUUCAAUUCGAGCUAACACAAAACCAAAUUCAAGGAAGUCUUCCAUCAAAUUUAAACCAAGCUUUUCCCCAACUCCGACUCUUUUCCAUUGCCUUUAAUCAAUUUACUGGGGUCAUACCUUCGUCAAUAUCCAAUGCAACAAAUCUUGUGGCAUUUACAUGUUCAUCAAACAAACUCACUGGGCAUGUGCCAAAUUUACGAAAUCUUCAUAACCUUGGGAUAUUCAAUGUCUAUCAAAAUAAUCUUGGAAGCGGUAAACCUGGUGACUUGAGUUUUGUCUCAGAAUUGAGCAAUGCUACAAAGCUAAAAUGGUUGCAGUUCGCCUACAACAAUUUUGGAGGAACGUUGCCCACAUCAAUAUCCAAUCUCUCAACCAAUCUCGAAAUUCUUACAGUCGGAGGAAACCAACUACAUGGAGGCAUCCCAACUGGAUUAGGGAAUCUUGUCAAGUUGCAAGCACUAAUUAUGGAGGGAAACUCCUUCACAGGUUACAUCCCUGCUGACAUUGGGAGGCUUUCAAGGCUUAGGGAAUUGGAUCUUAACAACAACGAAUUAUCAGGGAGCAUUCCGUCCUCUCUUGGAAACUUAACAUUGUUAACAUUACUCCACUUGCAAGAAAAUAAUCUUGAGGGUAGCAUCCCUUCCAGCCUAGGGAAAUACCACUGGUUAAUAAAAUUGGUUCUUUCUGGAAACAAACUGAAUGGCACAAUACCUCCUCAAGUUAUUGGCCUCUCAUCUUUAUCAAUAGGUUUGGGAUUGGAUGGAAACCAAUUCACUGGUUCCCUUCCUAUGGAGAUUGGAAAAUUGAAGAAUCUAGGUAUAUUGGACAUUUCUAACAACUUGUUAUCAGGAGAACUUCCCAGCAGCCUCGGCAGUUGCGAGAGCUUAGAAUUGCUGUACUUGCAAGGCAACUUCUUCUUGGGACCCAUUCCUUCAUCUAUGAAGGAAUUGAAAGGGAUUCGAGAAUUAGACCUCUCUCGCAAUAAUUUGUCAGGAGAUAUUCCACAGUUUUUCGAGGGCUUUGGAAACUUGAAGAAUCUAAACCUAUCCUUCAAUCAGUUUUGGGGAGCAGUACCAACUGGUGGCAUUUUUAAGAAUGCAAGUGCGACUUCAGUUAUUGGAAACAUUAGGCUCUGCGGCGGUAUUGCUAAUUUUCACCUUCCAGUGUGCAAGACGAAAGGAGGAGGGUUGUCUAGCAAAGUGAAACUAAUGAUCUCUCUAGUUUCUGGGUUCACUCUUUUGGGACUAGCUGUGGUCCUGUUUUCUUUUCUUCUUAGGAAGAAAAUGAAAGAAACUGAAUUGAGCACUUUGGUGGACUCUAUGUUGCAAGUUUCAUAUGCUAGUCUCCUAAACGCUACUAAUGGGUUCUCUUCAACUAAUUUGAUUGGCAUUGGCUCUUUUGGGUCUGUGUACAAAGGAAUUCUUGCUGAUGAUGCAGCUGUUGUUGCUGUGAAGGUGUUUAACAUGUUACAUCGGGGAGCUUCUAAAAGUUUCAUCUCCGAAUGUGAGGCAUUGAGAAACAUCAGACAUCGAAAUCUGGUCAAGAUUUUAACUGCAUGCUCAAGUAUUGAUUUUAAUGGCAAUGAUUUUAAGGCUCUUGUUUACGAGUUCAUGGACAAUGGGAGCUUAGAGGAUUGGUUGCAUCCAUCUACUAGAACCGAAGAGCUAAUAGAAGCACCCAAAAGUUUAAAUCUAGUUCAAAGGGUCGACAUCGCCAUUGAUGUUGCUAGUGCAUUGGAUUAUCUUCACAACCACUGUGAAACACCAAUUGUUCAUUGUGAUCUCAAGCCAAGUAAUGUUCUUUUGGACAGUGACUUGACUGGACAUGUUUCUGACUUUGGGCUAUCAAGGUUUCUAACAGAACCAACCACUAAUGUGCCUGGAAAUCAGUCAAGCUCCAUUGGAAUAAGAGGAUCGGUUGGUUAUGCUGCACCAGAGUAUGGUAUGGGAAGUGAGGUAUCUGUAUAUGGGGAUGUCUACAGCUUUGGCAUUCUUUUGUUAGAAAUGUUUACUGGGAAGAGACCCACUGAUCACAUGUUCAGGGACGGCUUGAAUCUUCAUAAUUAUGUGAAAACAGCUCUCCCUGAAUGUGUUUCAGAGAUUUCAAAAUCACUAGUUCUUCAAGAAGGCACCGCCAGUGUCGUUGAAGCUCGCAAACAGUUGAGUGUUACACCACAGAAAAUUGAAGAGUGCUUGACUUUGAUAUUUGGAAUUGGAAUUGCAUGUUCUACUGACUCCCCAACAAACCGAAAGGAUAUCGGUGAUGUUGCAGCUGAAUUGAAGUCCAUUAGGAAAAAUCUACUUGGCUAGGAAGGUUUUAAGUUUUUGCUCUUAUGUGAAGGCUUUUUAAACAUGCUGUAGUACUGUUUUAUGCUUCAUAUAUCUCCUUUGUUUUUCAAUUGUUAUAUGCUAUCUGUGAAGUCUGGUUGAUAUUACAGUGAAUGGAGAAAUUUGCUGGUUCUUAUGUGAACA